UCGUAAGCCCGAACAUAGCCGAACAUUACCCACUCUCUCUAUCUUCAAGACUCUCACAACCGCCGCUCGGCGCGACGGCCUUCUUGAUUUUACUCCAUAGGCGACUCCACUGAAGAAAAGGAGAAUUAUCUAUAUUCAAGCCGAAUCUUGAAGUUUUUCGUCCUUCGUCCGUGACGACGCCUUCAACACACUGGAUUAGAGUAUUUUUGAGGAAUUAGGUUUUGCUAUUGAAGUAUGGGAGACAGUGAAACUGUAGUUGCUGAGACAUCUACUGUCACUGGGUAUGCAUCUGCGGCAUACACUUCCACCGGCUAUUCUGAUCCCAACUCAAAUGCCACUCCUGAAGCUCCAGCUUAUGCAGGCUAUGCAGUGCUUGGUGGAGAUGCAUAUAAUAUAGAUGCUAGUUCUGCUGGACAAGAGGCUCAUGCACAUGUGGGAUAUGAGUCUAAGCAGGGUGUCGGAACAGAAGGUGCUGCUUGUCAUGUUGCUGAUUAUGAACUUGGGCCCACCGCUGAGGCAUCUCAAGCUGCUGUAUACAAUUCUUCUGUAAAUGGAACUAUUGAUAGUGAUGUGGGAAAAGGCACAUCAGCUGAGAAUGGAAUUGUGGUUGAUGCUGAGCAACAGUUUGUGGGUGGUUCUGUUCCAGCUAUGUCCGCAGAAGAAGAACGAUUAUGGAGCAUUGUGAGGGCUAAUUCCUUGGAUUUUAAUGCUUGGACAGCCUUGAUUGAAGAGACAGAGAAAGUGGAGGACAACAUAGGAAAAAUUCGAAAGGUUUAUGAUGAAUUUUUGGCCGAAUUUCCUCUAUGUUAUGGUUAUUGGAAGAAGUAUGCUGAUCAUGAGGCGCGGAUUGGGUCUAUGGACAAAGUUGUUGAGGUUUAUGAGCGAGCAGUUCUUGGAGUGACGUAUUCGGUCGACAUUUGGUUGCAUUACUGCAUAUUUUCCAUAAAUACAUAUGGAGAUCCAGACACAAUCAGAAGGCUUUUCGAACGAGGAUUAGCUUAUGUUGGAACAGAUUACCUCUCAUACCCCCUGUGGGAUAAAUACAUUGAGUAUGAAUACAUGCGAGAGGAGUGGAGCCGCAUUGCAGCAAUUUACACGAGGAUAUUAGAGACUCCUAAUCAACAGCUUGAUCGGUAUUUCACCAGUUUCAAGGAGUUUGCUGCUAGUCGGCCAUUGUCAGAAUUAAGGACUUCUGAGGAAGUUGCUGCUGUAGCAGAUGCAUCUUCAGAGAAUGGUGGCCAUUUAAAUGAAGGAGAGCACCCUGAUGCUGCAGAGCCAUCUUCUAAACCUGUAAGUGCUGGCUUAACAGAAGCGGAAGAGUUGGAUAAGUAUGUCGCCAUUAGAGAAGAGAUGUAUAAGAAAGCUAAAGAGUUCGACUCUAAGAUCAUUGGUUUUGAAGCAGCUAUUAGAAGGCCUUACUUCCAUGUGCGGCCCCUCAACGUUGCAGAGCUUGAAAAUUGGCAUAACUAUUUGGAUUUUAUAGAAAGAGAAGGUGACUUCAACAAGGUGGUCAAGUUAUAUGAACGAUGCCUGAUAGCAUGUGCCAACUACCCAGAGUACUGGAUACGUUAUGUCUUGUGCAUGGAAGCCAGUGGAAGUAUGGAUCUUGCAGAUAAUGCACUGGCUCGUGCAUCCCAAGUCUUUGUCAAGAGACAGCCUGAGAUCCACAUUUUUGCUGCUCGAUUUAAAGAGCAGAAUGGGGAUAUCCCUGGUGCCCGAGCUGCAUAUCAACUUGUCCACGUUGAAAUCUCACCUGGACUUCUUGAAGCAAUUAUCAGGCAUGCUAACAUGGAACACCGACUGGGGAACCUUGAAGAUGCCAUCUCUUUAUAUGAACAGGUCAUUUCCAUUGAAAAGGGGAAAGAACAUUCGCAGACAUUACCUUUAUUGUAUGCUCAGUAUUCACGAUUUGUUUACCUGGUUUUGGGUAAUGCUGAGAAGGCUAGGGAUAUUCUUGUUAAAGCGACUGAGGAUCUACAACUGUCAAAACCCCUUCUAGAGGCCCUGAUACAUUUUGAGUCAAUCCAGCCAUCAUCAAAGCAGAUCGAUUAUUUAGAUUCAUUGGUUGACAAGUUCAUAUUGCCAAGCACAGAUAGCUCCAAUCCUGCAAGCGCUGUCGAGAAAGAAGAAAUUUCUAGCAUCUUCAUUGAGUUUUUGGGUCUAUAUGGAGACACACAGUCUAUCAAGAGGGCUGAAGAUCGGCAUGCCAAGUUCUUUUUACCCCAUAGGAGCACUUCAGAGUUUAGGAAACGCCAUGCAGAGGAUUAUCUGGCUUCGGAGAAAGCAAAGGUGGCCAAACCUUACUCCAGCGCUCCUUCACCUGCCCAGUCUCUGAUGGGUGCAUAUCCUAGUGCACAAAAUCAGUGGGCAGCUGGUUAUAAUUUACAGCCUCAAGCUUGGCCACCAGCAACACAAGCUCAGGGACAACAAUGGACUCCUGGCUAUAGCCAACCGGCUGCAUACAGUGGAUAUAGUGGUUAUGCAAGCAGCUACACUACCCCACAAGUGCCAACAUCAGUGCCACAAACCGCUGCAUAUGGUGCUUAUCCUCCUGCAUAUCCUGUGCAGCCAGCCUUCCCUCAACAAAGUUAUGCGCAACCGACUGCUGCUGUUGCUGCUGCUGCUACUGUGGCCCCAGCUCAGCAACCUGCUUCAGUUCCUCAAGCCUAUUAUGGGAAUUACUACUGAGGAGUUAUUUUGCUUUGAAGUGACUUUCAACCCCUGGGAUCUAGUUUAUGUUCUUCACUCUACUGUAGUUGUAACGCCUGGUUUUCUACUUGCAUUUAAUAGCUUUUAGAAUUUUGAUUACCUUAUUAACAAUGAUAUAUAUGACCGUACCUGUCUUAUGUCAGCUCACCAGAAAACCUUCGGGAAAAUCCUAAUCAGUGUGUUAAGAGUCUGAUGAAUACCCGGGUAUUCAUCAGUCAUAGGACAUACCACAAGGUGAAGAGAGAUCCCUGUUUUGAUCAUUUUGCCUCUUUAACCUCCCAUUCGCUUCUUGU